AUGGAGGAGGGUGUGAAGAAGAUGAUUAGAGGGCACAAGACAAAUGUAGUUGCGUUGUUUUCCUUUUUCUUAUUAUUUGCGGCUUAUGAACCGCUUCGAGCCUUUACAGAGGCCCUAGGGAGCCCUUCUAGUGUGCACAGCCCCAAGCGAGAGGACGUCGACUUGGGCACCCCGAAACAACCCCCAGAAGAAUCUGCUGCAGCAGCAGCUGCUGCUGCUGCUUCCAGAGAUAGCGGUAGUGAAAGUGGUGCUGCAGAUUCCGCUGCUUCCUUGCGUAGCUCCGCCGGGGGCCCCUCAUCCUCUUCUGGCGAUUCACGAUUGCCAGGACCCUCUGGGUCAUCUAAUUCAAAAGCAAAUUUAAAUGGGACGCCGGCACCAAGAGAGAGAGGGGCCGGAGAUGUUGUCUGUUCUACAGGACUUCGUCUGGCGUUUGACUGCGCUUUGCGUCGCAUCGUAGCCUUUGGGGUGCGGGAUUACUUGCUGGAUAAAUACAAAUUACCGAUGGUGCCUCUUGAUCUCUGCCAAAGCGACAUCCUGCUCGAUGUUGAACAGUGCAUUCCAACGGAAUUCGCAGAUAUCUUCCCUGCUGACGCCUUCCUAGAGGUUGUGCGCCAGAAGCAGCUGUUGGUGGGAACCAUGGACUUCAGCGUAUUUCCGCAGUUGGCUUCGGACCAGGGCUACACAUCGGGUUUCUAUCCUGAACUUGUUCAGGCAGUUGCUCGAGAGUUGACGGUAAUCGCUUUGCAGAACCCAGGACUGCGUCGGGAGUUGGUGGGCGACAGGGAGUUGAACAUAAGCAUUCUUGAUCAGUCCUUUAGCAAGCGUCUUCAUGAUGUGAAGACAGCGGUGGCGCAGGAACUCUCCUGCAGUUCCGCAUGCAAUGAAAACGGCAGAAAAAGCCCACACCACGGCCUGCAACAACUGUCCGCCUCCUCUCGGAAACCCCCAGUUGCCUUCAUGAACGAUUCGCUGGGAGUAGACGGAGACUUUCCGUGGCAGGACGGGCUGCCCUGUGGGGGGGAGGCAUCUGCCGCUGGUUCUGCUUCGUGUUUGUUGAUGGGUUGCCUGUCGCCAUGGCGCGAUAUCCCCAAAGACGUGCUUAUUGGGGUAACUCACGUUAAAUUCAGCACCCCGAUGAACCUGGUGGCCGCUGUACACCGCGGGGAGGUGCACAUGACAGACGUAGGCACAAUCGCCUCCGCCUACCUGCCAGAAAAGUACAACUUCCUCCCUCUCAGAGAAGUCCUCGAGCCCUCCUGCACCAUCGGCGCGUGGAAGAGCUUCUUUCUUCUUAGGGACCCCUGGAGCCGCCGGCGACGUGAUCGCAAACACCACAGCGGAUCAGACACUGAACACAAGAAAAAGGCAAAGUCACACGCAGGGGCUCACAGCGACGCAAGAACAGCGAGUUCUUCAUUCAGCACAGGGGGCCUUGAAAGGAAUUCGUCGUCCGGUCUCGCGCGCAGUUCUCCAACCGCCGACACGAGCAUUGAAAGAAGACAUAGUUUAGCCGCCAUGGGGGAGUAUCCCCGGAUGGAGAGCCGUGGAGACGAACUGCAGAGCUGGGAAGAUCGCAUGGGUCAAACGCGCAGUUUGUUCUUCAAGCUUUACGGCGUCCAGACAGAUGGCUCCCCUACAGCUAGCACCAGCAGCAGCAAUAACAGCAGCAGCAGUAAAAGCAGCCAGCAGCAGCCAGCAACUCCCGGGACAAACGCAGUCCCCGCAAGCAGGAGCGCUGAAACGGACACUGCAGCAUAUGAAGAGAGAACGCUGGUGAAGCUGCAGGCAGUCGAUCACUUCUUGUUCUCUUAUUUGUUCCCAGAGGAUUUGAGGGUCUCCAGUGUGAGAAAAUUGACGGACUUGUCGUCGGUGCUCAGCGACGGAGAGCCCGUGGGCGCCUUCGGCUACGGCCUGGCUGGGCGGGGGGGCCGUCGCCGUAUUUCAUCGGGUUUGUCGUGGCGUUGCCAUUCACAGCAGAGGAGGAGUCCGAGUUGGAUCGGUGCCCGCCUAAGAAGAGAAUCGCUUUUAUCUCGAAUGGGACGGGCGUGCGAUGUGCACCAGACAGCAGCUGGGCGACACGGGGUAGGGCGGCAGCAUGACGGGGUGGUGGAGUUUCCGGGGCCUCUUGUUCCCCUAGCUGCUUUCUUCUCAAAAAGCAGAGACCCAAUGUGCAGAGGAAUUUCCAAGAGGGCCGUGAUGGCCGUUGCGGAGAAGCAGACGGCGCUAAGCGCAGCAGCCUCCAUGCCGAUGCCGUUCUCGUUGGGGCGCUGGUGCCUCCUUCCUGCAGUCUUUCUACACAGCGAGAUUCGCGCACGGGCAUCUGAGCUGCGUUUCCUUAGUACUCAACUCCAAGCUCCUUUGUCAUUAGUCGGCGACGCAGGACAGCAGCCAGCACAGCUGCCUCGCCAUUCGCUUCUCCCUCUCAGACCUGUGAAGUUCCUAGGGGAAAUUCACACCACCAGGUCGCACAACUACAUUUGUUGUCCUUGA